AUGGAAAGUCCCCUGAAAAAGCCAACCUCGAGAGUCAUCGAGAGACUCCAGGCUGAGAUUGACGACUUGAAGAAUGAAGCAGAGGAGCUCAAGAUCUCCAACCAGUCGUACAAGAAGAAGAAUGAGAUUUUGAGUAAGAAGAAUGAAUCGUUCGUGGACCAGUUGGCCAAUGCCAAGCACGAAAACGAUAUGAUUGGUGCUUUGUUGAAGAGAAAAGAGCGCAGAAUCACAGACUUGGAGGAGGAGUUCAACGAUGUUCACUCGUCCAAUGAGAACCUCAAGCUCUCCAACAAGAACUUGAAGAUCAGAUGUGAUAAUUUGCAGGAGUCGCUGUCUCUCUCCACCGCCGAACACGAGCGUUUGAAGAUCGCCUACGACGCUUUGAUUGCUUCUCAGCAUGAAUACAAACGCCACUACCAGCAAGAGUUGGACGGAAUGUACCGCUUGUUCGAUAACUACAAGAAAGAGCUGGCUAGGACAAUCGAUGAUUUGUCUGCCAAGUUGGACAGCAACGACAAGGACUACGAUGCGUUGCUCGAGAGCCUCAUGUCCAAGCGGAAGCAAAUGGACAAUUUGAACGUGAACAAGAACAAGGCUAUUUUGCAGCUUUUGGUAGCUUUGGCAAAAGCUGCCAAGUCCCACGGCGAGGAGUCCAAGGAGAUCUUGCUGGAGAAUGUGCAAGUUAUUUCAUCUCUUGUGGAGAAGCACCCAGACUUGCUGGAUAAAAUCAAGGAGCGUGAACAAGUCGAUGUUGAUAUCGAAGCGCUUUUGCUGAAUGCCAGCGAAAGCUUGAACACCACCUUCAGCGACUUGGACAUCGAAAGUGCGGGCCGUUCCUCAGGACAGCGCAAUGUGUCUCUGAGGAGAAGGAGAAACAACAAUAACAACAGCAACAAGAGAAAUCUGAUGCGGUUGGAAUCCCCAGACCUCGAGAACUCCUCCCCACUCCCCAAGCAGCGCUUCAACCUGGCCGGCGGAAGCCGUACUUCGAGUUCUUCAGGUAACAACUCACACAACAGAUCUGGCAGCAGAGGCAACAGGAACUCACAACUUUUCCUUAAUGAGAACUCCAAUCAGCCCACCUCCAACAAAAAUAAAAGAAGGCUGUUCUACGGUGGAAGCAGCAACUUCAACAGCAGUAAUUUCAACAACGACAGGAAGCCGCUGAGAAAGAUCAGCUCCGAGCCCGCCAAAGCCUAG